AUGCCCAGCGACGACGAGUCCGAGUACAGCCUCGGCGACGACGACGACGCCGGUAGCUUGGACUGGGCCAUGUCGUCCGACGCGUUGGGCACUUUUGUUGACGAUGUGGCGUCGGCGCUCUCUCGAGACAAUGCCAUCGCUGCUGCAUUUGGGACGCCAUCAGCGCAACAGCAACAAAUGUCCCCGCAGCGAUUGCACAAUGCCAAGCGUCCGGUCAAGACGUCGCCUCCGAAAGAGAUCCACGGGCGGUGUCUUACGCCAAACUGCCCGGUCGCCCUCACGUACCGAGGCUUUUGCAAGGCCCACGGAGGCACUCGGCGCUGCAACGUCGCCUACUGUCCAAAGGGCCGUCAAGGGGGCGCUCAGUUUUGCAUUGCGCAUGGCGGCGGCAAAUGCUGCAAGACAGACGGCUGCGUGCGCACGGCGCAGUCGCGCGGUCUCUGCAAGGCCCACGGAGGCGGCGCGCGCUGCAAGAACGACGACUGCGACAAGAGCGCCCAGCGCGGCGGCUACUGCCGGUCGCACGGCGGCGUCCAGCUCUGCUCGGUCGCUGGGUGCCCGAACGGCGUGCAGCGAAGCGGCAAGUGCGCCAAACAUGAUAUCGUGCGACUGUGCUCGGUGAGAAACUGCGGACAAACCGACCGGGGCGGUGGGCUCUGCGCGACCCACCGGCGCAACAAGGUGUGCAAAGUCGACGGUUGCAAUCGACUCUACGUGCGCUCGACACUCGGCCUCCCCGUCGACAUGGGCUUCUGUGCCAUGCACCAGCGCGCGCUCGACCCGUCUUCCCUACUGGAGACCUACGACGACGACGACGACGACCAAAGGGAUGCACUGCUGUAGCCAACCGGCUCAACCGUCGCCACCCCG